AUGUUAAUUCGAUCUAGAUCUUUCAAUAAAAAAAUUGUAUUUUUAUUGAGAACAUUUAUUCUUGCUGGUCUAUUAUUAUUAAUAAGUACUUCGUUUUGGCAAUAUCAAUAUAUAAUAAACUCAACCAAUAUCAUUAUACAAAACCAAUCGCCCUUAACAAUAAAAACACAAUUAGUACAUGUUAAAAAGAAAAUUAUCGUUCCAUUAAAGCUUCCUUCAAUACGUUGUAUUGUAUUUGCACGUUUUCGUACAGGUCGUUUUGGUAAUCGAAUGUUUACCAUGGCUACUGCUUAUGCUCUUGCACGCCUUCACUCUUGCCAUUUGUUCUUUUCACCAAUAAUGUUACAAGAAAUAAGAUCUAUUUUUGUUUUUACUCUUCCACCUAUUCUUUUAUCUAUACCUAUGUUCAAAAUGGUAUUGAAAAAUAGUUCUCAUCCAAUGAAAAAAAUUACUAGAGAUAUUAUUUGUCAAUAUCUUCCUGAAUUGACAUAUCCAAAUGCGAUAGGAGAAGGAUCUAUAUUCGAAGUCAAAGGUCAUUGGCAAUCAUAUUUACAUUUUGAUAAAUAUCGUGAUGAAUUGCGAAAUCAUCUUUUCGUUGCAAGACAAUCAUUACUUGAGAAAGUCUCGAAAUUAUUCAGUAAUAUUUAUGAGCAAAAGUUUCAUUUCAAACCUCAAUUCUCAUUAGAAAAUCAUCAAUUAUUUAAAAAACAACUAACCCAAUCAAACUGGACAACAUGGAUUGGAAUUCAUAUACGUCGUGACGACUUUGUUCCUUUGAAUUUUUCUUCAUCCGAUGAAUAUUUAUUUGCUGCUAUUGAUUAUUACAUGAGACGCUAUCCAAAUGCUCAUUUUAUAGUUGCAAGUGAUGAUAAAUCAUAUUGUAAAAAUCUAUUUCGUCAUAGGUCGAAUAUUAUUGUUACGCCAAAAUCAUUUUCUAUGGGUGACGAUUUAAUAGCACUUUCACUUUGUGAACAUUCAAUCAUAACAGGUGGAACAUUUGGAUGGUGGACAGGUUAUCUAGCUAGUGGUGAAGUGAUCCAUGAUACAAUGUAUAUUUCUGGAUGUGAAAAAGAUGAACAUUACUAUCCACCAUGGUUUAAAACCCAUCUAAAUCUACGAAAAGAUAAAAAUAUUUUAUAA